UAUUGGAAAUGAAUUUCAGUCAAAGUGGGACCUCUGGAAGCACACAGUUCUGUUAUGAAUCUACACCUGGGUCAUGUCCUAAAAGCACCUUUCAAGUCACUGCCCGUGUUCCACUAUACUUGUUCCUGGGGGCAGUGAUCACAGUCACACUUUGUGGAAACCUGUUGGUCAUCAUCUCUAUAGCACAUUUCAAGCAGCUUCACACACCCACACAUUUUCUUCUUCUCUCUCUGGCAGCUGCUGACUUUCUCCUUGGACUUUUUGUACUGCCCCCCAGCACGAUCCGAUCAAUUGAAAAUUGCUGGUACUUUGGGGACUUAUUUUACCGCUACUAUGCAGUGUGCCAUCCUCUUAGAUACAGAAACAAAAUUACUGUAUUUGUUACAGUUAACAUGAUAUUCAUUAGCUGGACCUUAGCUGCAGUUAUUGGAUUUGGAUUAAUAUUUCUAGAAUUAAACAAACAAGGUAUGGAAGAUUCAUAUGAUAAUACUGACUGUAUAGGCAGUUGCUUUUUAGCUCUAAGUGCAGCAUCAGCCAUUAUUACAUCUAUAUUAUUUUUUUACAUCCCAGGAUUUGUUAUGAUAUGUAUCUAUCUUAAAAUAUUUCUUGUGGCAAGAAGACAGGCCAGGUCAAUUAGAGACACAGAACUCCAAAGGCAAACAGCUGAAGAAAAGAAAAAUACAACAUCACUAAAGAGAGAAAUGAAAGCUGCAAGGACCCUGGGGAUAACAAUGGGGGUCUUUCUAGUCUGUUGGUCACCAUGUUUUAUAUACCUUAAUGUGGAUCAUGCAAUUCAAGGCUCAGUUCCACCUAUUUUAGUAGAUGCUUUGAUCUGGUUCGCUUAUUUAAACUCAGCAUUUAAUCCUUUUAUUUAUGCUUUAUUUUAUAAAUGGUUCAGAAAAGCAUUCAGAGUUAUUAUAUUUUGCAAAAUCUUUCAAAGUAAUUCUUCCAGUAUACAAUUAUUGUCUAACUAA